AUAGUGUUUGAGGUUAUACACUUUCAUACGGAGUGUAUUCAAUAUAAUUAUGGAAUAAAAUAAAAUGUAUAUAUCUAUGUAUAUAUGCUCUCUAUAAUAUUCUUUGAAAUAAAUUUAAAAAAAAAAAUGAUAAAAAUGAAGGAAGAAUUUGGAUUUAUAGAUGAAUUUUCUACAAGUUUAAAAGAAAUUCAGAGUGGAAUUUUAUCUAGCAAUAAUACAGAAUCAACAAUUGGUAUUCGACCUCAACCAGUGAUAUGUAAACCUGGAAAAGUCAAUGUUUCAAAUUGUAAAUCAGAGCCUAUUCAAACAAAACGACAUUGGGCACCUGGAGCAUGGCAAGAUGCUACUAGAACAAGUGCAUUUCAACCUUACAAACCACCAACAUUAUUAACUAAUUUACAAAGAGGUAAUACACAAACUGAAGUAUCAUUAUCUUAUGGUGGUAGUGAUAUUACAUUUUAUACACUAGCUGGACAAGGUGAACUUACACAUGAUAAUAUUCAUCCAGGAUUAACUGAUACUCCAGAUGAAAGUGGCUUAACUGGACUUAUGUGGGCAGCUGGUUAUGGUCAAUUAAGCAGUGCAAAACUUUUAUUAAAUGCUGGUGCAGAUAAAAAUUAUAAAGGAUUGCAUGGACAAUCACCUUUACAUUUAGCUGCAGCUUAUGGACACCAUGACCUUGUCAAAUUGUUAUUAAAUCAUGGUGCUGAUCCAAAUUUAAGUGAAGAUGAAGGUAACACGCCUUUGAUUUAUGGAGCACAAGGUGAUCAUCCUCAUGUGUGUUAUGAACUUUUGACCAGUGGAGCUGAUGUAACAAUUACAAAUGUAUAUGGAAUUAAUGCAUAUAAAGCAUCUAUUCUUAAAGGUGCAUUAACAGGUAUACUAAAGCAGUAA